CCCACAUCCGGGGGCCCUGGCCAGGCUUUGGGCUGGCGGCGCGCGGGUGAGUCAGGCCGGGUUUUUCCUCCACCUUUAGGGCAGGCGAGCGAGCGCUACCGAGCGCGUCCCUCCCUCGCCAAUCCGGCUCUGGCGCCCGCCCGCCCGCCCGCCCGCGUUUUCCCCGCGUCUGUCGCCGGGCCGCUCCGACUCGCAGUCUCGGCUGGACGGGCGCCCUGAAGGGAGGAUUCAAAUCCGUGCGAGGGAACUGCAGCGCGCGAGGGGUGCGGAGCAGCUCCAACAUGAAGCAGCUGCCUGUGCCCUGUUGAAACUUCAUGGCCACAGCCCCAGGCCCUGCUGGCAUUGCCAUGGGCAGCGUGGGCAGCCUGUUGGAACGGCAGGACUUCUCUCCUGAAGAGCUACGGGCAGCACUCACAGGGUCCCGUGGCUCCCGCCAGCCUGACGGGCUCCUCCGGAAGGGCUUGGGCCAGCGUGAGCUCCUCAGCUACCUGCACCUCCCCAAGAAGGACGGCAAGACCACCAAAAGGGCUGCUCGGCAUGAGCCUGCAGACUAUGCCACCCUCUACUACCAGGAACAUCCUCGGGCCGGUGACUUCAGCAAGACUUCACUGCCCGAGCGGGGUCGUUUUGACAAGUGCCGCAUUCGCCCAUCAGUGUUCAAGCCUGUGGCAGGCUCUGGGAAAGGCUUCCUGUCCAUGCAGAGUCUGGCGGCCCACAAGGGCCAGAAGUUAUGGCGCAGCAACGGCAGCCUGCACACGCUGGCCUGCCACCCACCCCUGAGCCCAGGGCCCCGGGCCAGCCAGGCACAAGCCCGCGCCCAGCUGCUGCACGCCCUCAGCCUGGACGAGGCCAGCCCCGAGCCUGAUCCCAGCCUGUCUGACUCCUCUAGCGGGGGCAGCUUUGGCCGCAGUCCUGGCACUGGCCCUGGUGCCGGCCCCUUCAGCUCCUCUUUGGGCCACAUUAACCACCUAGGGGGCUCCCUCGACCGGGCCUCACGGAGCCCCAAGGAGGCUGGGCCACUGGCCAUGCUGAGCUGUCUGCCUGAGCCGCCACCCCCCUACGAGUUCUCCUGCCCCACUGCCGAGGAGGUGGUGGCCAUGCUGCCUGACACCUGUGAGGAUCUCAAGAGAGGCCUCAGUGAAGAGGAUGGCACCAACCCCUUCACACAGGUGCUGGAGGAGCGCCAGCGGCUGUGGCUGUCUGAGCUGAAGCGCCUGUACGUGGAGCGGCUGCACGAGGUGGCCCAGAAGGCUGAACGCAGUGAGCGCACCCUCCAGCUACAGCUAUUCAUGGCCCAACAGGAGCAGCGGCGCCUGCGCAAGGAGCUGCGGGCACAGCAGGGCUUGGCCCCUGAGCCUCGGCCCCCAGAGGCUGAUCCCACCACGCGGCCAGAGGAGGAAGCCCGAUGGGAGGUAUGCCAGAAGACAGCGGAGAUUAGUCUCCUGAAGCAGCAGCUGCGGGAGGCCCAGGCUGAGCUGGCGCAGAAGCUGGCUGAGAUCUUCAACCUGAAGACACAGCUUCGGGGCAGCCGGGCACAUGCCCAGGCCCAGGAUGCAGAGCUGGCCCGGCUACGCGAGGCUGUGCGGAGCCUACAGGAGCAGGCCCCUCGGGGGGAAGCCCCGGGCAGUUGUGAGACUGAUGACUGCAAGAGCAGGGGGCUGCUGGGGGAGGCAGGGGGUGGUGAGGCCGGAGAUGGUGCCCAGCAGCUGCGGGCCGAGCUGCUGCAGGAGCGGCUCCGGGGCCAGGAGCAGGCGCUACGCUUUGAGCAGGAGCGACAGACGUGGCAGGAGGAGAAGGAGCGUGUGCUGCGCUACCAGCGGGAGAUCCAGGGGGGCUACAUGGACAUGUACCGCCGCAACCAGGCACUGGAACAGGAGCUGCAGGCACUGCGGGAGCCCCCCAUGCCCUGGAGUCCUCGGCUUGAGUCCUCCAAGAUCUGAGGCUAGUGGAGCGAGCUGACAGCAGCAGCAGCACUGUCAGAAGAUGGCUUGGGCAAGUCUGCCCUGAGACGGCUGGCUCCUUCCUGACAUUGGUCUGGGGCAGAAUCUGCUGAGGCCAGCCAGGGGUGGGGUGGCCCGCCGAGAGGAGGGAUCCAGUGGGGCUGUGGGCUGCACAGAAUGCCUGCAGCAGGAGUCAGGGCCAGGCCCUCCUGGCUGAGGGGCACCCUGGUAGGGCCCAGCCCUGUUCCUGGAGUAGGUUUGGCCCAGGAAAGGAGGCUGGGGGGGUGAGGAGCCCAAGAUGCAGAUGGGCAUGAGGGACAGAGGCCGGGAUGGGAACAUUGGCCUCCCCCAGAAUAAAACCACGUUUUCUA